UUGUAUUUCAGCUGCAGUCAGACGUAUCUCAUUGCAGAGGUUUAGGAUUGCAGGUGUCUGCUCUGUGCAACCUCACCUGUCCACUGGAAGCCCCUCCCUGAGAUCCUAGCCUAUCACCUUCCUCACCUGUGUCCACUAUAAAGCCGACUGGGACAGGACACAUUCUGAGCUCAAAAGGAAAACUUCAAAAGUUGAGGAUGACAUCCACGGCUGACCGUCUGGCCCACGAGCAGAAGAGGCAGCGGGGCAUUGGCACCAAUCAGCACGCAGUGAAGUUCUCCCAGCAGGAUUUUGAGAGUCUGAGGCAGCAGUGUCUGCAGAGCGGACGUCUCUUUGAGGACCUCCGCUUCCCCGCUGAGCGGAGGUCUCUGGGAUACAACGAGCUGGGGCCGUACUCACCCAAGACCAGGGACGUCGAAUGGAAAAGACCGACGGAGCUGUGCACAAACCCAAAGUUCAUUGACGAUGGAGCCACGAGGACGGAUAUUUGCCAAGGAGGUCUGGGUGACUGCUGGCUUCUGGCUGCGAUCGCCUCUCUGACUCUGGACCAACGGAUCCUGGCUCGUGUGGUUCCUCCAGGACAGAGCUUUACUGAAGGUUAUGCCGGGAUAUUUCACUUCCAGUUCUGGCAGUUCGGCGAGUGGAUGGACGUGGUGGUCGAUGACCGUUUACCCACCAGAGACGGAAAGCUGCUGUUUGUUCACUCGGCGGAGGGCUCCGAGUUCUGGAGCGCUCUGCUGGAGAAGGCCUACGCCAAGAUGAACGGCUGCUACGAGGCCCUGGCGGGAGGAAACACCAUCGAGGGUUUCGAGGAUUUCACCGGAGGGAUCGCUGAAGUUUAUGACUUAUCAAAAGCUCCAGCGAAGCUCUUCCACAUCGUGCAGAAGGCCCUGAAGCUGGGCUCACUGCUGGGCUGCUCCAUCGAUAUCGACAGUUCCUACGAGAGGGAGGCGGUGAUGGCUUGCAAACUUGUCAAAGGACAUGCGUACUCUGUCACCGGUGCAGAAGAGGUUCAUUCCCGGGGCCGACUGGUUCAGCUGGUCCGCGUGAGGAACCCGUGGGGACAAGUGGAGUGGACCGGGGAGUGGAGUGACGGAUCCUGUCAGUGGGACACCGUCAGUUCGGACGACAAGUCAAAGUUGAACCACGUGUCUGAAGAUGGAGAGUUCUGGAUGUCGUAUUCAGACUUCAUCAAGUGGUUUGACAAGCUGGAGAUCUGUAACUUGACUCCUGACACGCUGCUGAGCGACGAUGUGGGCCACUGGAACAAUUAUCAAUUUGAAGGGAUGUGGAGGGUUGGCUCCACCGCUGGAGGCUGCCGCAAUCACCCAGCCACAUUCUCAUCCAACCCUCAGUUUGUGGUGCGUCUGGAGGACGUGGACGACGACCCUCUGGACGAGGAGGACGGCUGCACCUUCCUGGUGGGGCUGAUGCAGAAAGACGGGCGCCGGCAGAGGAGGCUCAGUCGCGACCUUGAGACUAUUGGCUUUUCUAUUUAUGAGGUCCCAGAUCAGCUCAAAGGUCGUAGAAAUGUUCACCUGGGUCCGGACGUCCUGCUGCGGCAGACUGCCGUGGCCACCUGCAGCACGUUCAUCAACACACGUGAAGUGUGCGACCGCUUCAAACUUCCCCCGGGGGAAUACGUCAUUGUCCCUUCCACCUUUCAGCCUCACAAGAAGGGCAGCUUCAUUCUCAGGGUGUUCUCGGAGAAACAGGCUGCAACCAGUCCUCUGGAAGAAGACAUUGACGCUGAAAUAGAGGAGGAGGAGGAGGUUUCUGAGAGUGAUGUGGAUCCUCAUUUCAAGAACCUCUUCAAGCAGAUUGCUGGAAAUGACAGUGAGGUGUCAGUGUUUGAACUGGUUAAGAUUUUGAACAACGUCGUCUCUCAGCGAUCUGAUAUCAGGACUGACGGCUUCAGCCUGGAGACGGGUCGCCUCAUCGUCAGUCUGCUGGAUAAAGAUGAAAGUGACAAACUGGGGCUGAUGGAGUUCCACUUGCUUUGGAGCAAAAUCCAGAAAUACCUGGAGAUCUUCAAGAAACAUGACUCAGACAACUCGGGCAGCAUGAGCUCCCACGAGAUGAGACUAGCCACCACUGAAGCAGGUUUCCACAUCAACAGCCAGGUGCUGCAGGCCAUCGUCAGUCGUUACGCCGACUUUCAGUACGCCGUAGACUUUGACAGCUUCGUCGGCUGUCUCGUUAAACUGGAAAUGCUGUUCAAAAUGUUCAAGUCUCUGGAAAACGCUGACACGGGGAAGAUUGAGCUGGACAUGCAACAGUGGCUGUGCCUGGCGAUCUACUAACUCUGGACGAGACGGACAAGGACUGCUUUGUGAUUUCUGCAGAGAGGGGCAGCUCAAUCGAUCAGUACAAAAUUCCUAUUAGACAUUUUAAAUUAAUCCUCUUUGUUUCAGACGUUGAAUGCUUUUAGCAUGUUUGGAGAUGUUUUCUAUCACUCAAAUGUAUUUUAUUAAAGUUGGAGUCAGUAGCUUUUUUUCACAGUACAACAUUCAAACUAAGCCCCUCCUCCUGGACUCAUCGCUCCCAGAAUCUUACCCUCACUGCAGGACGUAGUGUGUACGUUUACUGCUUGUACUUACACUGCAAGCUAACACACGCUCGCACAAGCUGACCACCGAUGAUUGUCAUCUGCCUGUCCAACAGGAAGCAGACCAACCUCACGUCCACGUGUAAAAGACAACACAAGGUUCACCCUCGUUUUACAAUGAGCUUUAUUGGCGUUUCAUCUCACUAUGAUUAUAUUUUCUCUUCUCUUGCUUCGUUCACUCCUGUCAUAUUCUUUGGUUUUAAUUGCGUCCAAUCGCUGAAUUGUAUCCACUCCUUAUCAAAUCUUAUCAAAUGUAUUUGUCUCAUGUCUAGUCAUAAAUAUGUCUCAAGCCGCAUUCACCUGACAAGUCCAGAUAAACUGCUGUGAUAAAAACAUCAUGUAAAUUAUACUCGGAUACAUUAGCUCGUCUGUAAACAUAUUCUCUUCCUCGGGUCGGUUCCACCCGGUUGUCAUGACUACAGUCAAUGCAUAGUUCUUUUAAAUCGGGGGGCAGGGGGAGUAGCAGGAGAAUCACUCCCAUGAUUCCCCGCCAAGCCUGUCAUUUUUUUGAUACUGUUUUGAUUGAGAACCUCCUGGUGGUUGGAAUCUACAUACUGUGCCUUUAAUUUGGAAUUGUCAGGUGAAUGUGGUUCAUGACGAGUGCACCUGCUAAGAUUUAAGUGUUUUGCAGGUUAGGGGUUAAAUUGUCUUCAUAGUUGGUGUUUUGUGAUUUCAGCUUUUUGCAAGACAAAAAAUAAAGACAGAAUGAAAGAAA